UUAUCGAUCCACAGUUAACCAAAAUGGCGUUUCGUGCUGUUUGCAUGUCUCAGUGAACCCACGCUAUCUGCGAUUUGUGCGCAGUCCCAGUAACUUGUUGUGUUUGUGUUGACGUAUUAUGCGAAGACUACAGGACCGGGAUUCUCCUGGCAAAAGUAAGCGUUCUCGAACUCCCAUGCCUCGCUACGACGACAGCCCCCGGGAUCGUGGCACGCCAGACCGCCGAGAUAGGCGAGGCGGCUCCAACAAGUCCCCAAGUGAUCACCGGCGGCGGAAUCGCGACCUCUCUGCUGAUCGUGGUGGUAUGUCGGGCUUUGACGAUUAUCGAAUGAAAGUGGAUCGCAGUCCUCCGUACAACGGUUACAAAGUGUUGUGCCUGUCGAAUCUUAACCACAAAGUGUCCGACGUGGUGCUGCGAGAUACGUUACAAGACCAGUUCAGUCGGUAUGGCGAUGUGUCCGUUAAAGUUGUUCAUGAAGGCACAGAUCGUGUAGCUUACGUGUAUUUUCGGACGUACGAAGAGGCAAAAGAAGCCAGACAUGCAAAAGCUCGCAUGAUUUUGUUCGAUAAGCAAGUUCAGGUUGAACCUGUGUUACGUGUUCGGCAAAGAAGUUUGAGCCCCGAGUACCACCAUCCUGUAUCUCCGGGGGGUCGCCGUGGGAUUCGUGGUGGAAUUGACCGUGGUAUAGAUCGUGUUCCGUUAGAUCCGAGACCGAUAGAUCGUGGAGGUCCUUAUCCACGUUUCCGACGCGAAGAAUCAAAGAAAGAGAAAUUUCCCAACUAUUUGCACCAUGUAGCGCCCGAAGAUGACGAUAAGGCGACCCGGACCUUGUUUGUGGGCAAUCUUGAAGUUACAAUUUCAGAGGCCGACCUUCGGCGUAUCUUUGAAAGGUACGGCGUGGUAGAAGAUGUUGACGUGAAACGUCCGCCGCCCGGUCAAGGCAACGCCUAUGCCUUCAUCAAAUUUCUGAACCUGGACAUGGCCCAUAGGGCUAAAGUUGAAAUGUCGGGACAGUACAUCGGAAAAUUCCAGUGUAAAAUCGGGUACGGAAAAGCCACGCCGUCCACUCGUAUCUGGGUUGGUGGUUUGGGAUCGUGGACGUCACUCGCGCACCUCGAGAGGGAAUUUGACCGAUUCGGAGCUAUCAGAAAAAUUGAUUUUGUCAAGGGGGACAACCACGCCUACCUACAAUAUGACAGUAUCGAUGCCGCACAAGCAGCUUGCCAAGAAAUGAGAGGAUUCCCACUUGGCGGACCAGACAAGCGACUUCGGGUUGACUUCGCCGAACCAGAUCCGUUUAGCUACUAUCCGCCCGGCUAUCCUCCUGAGCCGUACCGUGCACCUCCGCCUCCCGAUUACAUGGAACCUGGGUGGACGGCACCCCGUUACGAAGACCCUCCACGACGUUGGGAAUCGUGGCCUCCCCCACCGCCCCCGACGUCAGGAUCGUGGAGGCCUCGAACGCCGCCGAGUCCUCCGCCGCCAUCGUCUUCGUCGUCUGCGAACAAUUCUCAACCGACGACAGGGUCGAACAAGAAAGCAGACGGUGUGAGCGCAAAAACUGCAACGUCUUUGCAGGACAUCGCUAAAUCGUGCGCAGUCGCAUGGCAGGGAACUCUCGUGCUGAAAAACACCGUUUUUCCGGCAAGAAUGCUACACUGUUCCGGCGAGUCCGUCGACUCUCUUCUCGGCGACCAGAGCGCGCUGCGCAUCACGCAACGUCUGCGACUCGACCCGCCGAAACUGGCGGACGUCGAAAGACGACUGGCACAGGGCUGUGCCAUCCUGGUCGCCAUGGCCGACCCGUCACAGCCAUCGAGGCCGCUUCGAAACCUGGUGAGUUACCUGAAGCAGAAGGAGGCCGCGGGCGUCAUUCCGCGCCCGCCGACGCGGGUCCUGUACGCGUUUCCCCCCUGCGACUUCGCCCUUCAAGUCCUGCGCCGAGCGUGUGCCAACAUCGAGUCGGCGGAAGAAGAUCACCUGGUCGUCGUGGUUGCGCCGUCUAAUUGAUGGACCUCGGUGUCGGUGUUAUGUUGGUUCUCCCCUCCCACUUCCACAUUGGUUUGUGUGAUCAUGCAUGUUAAAAAAAAAAAAAGUGAAACACAUUAAAGAUGCGGCGAUCUGCUUCUUCGUUGAUGUGUGCAUGUGUGGUUCCGUGUGUGCCUUGUUCAUUUGGUGCGUGAAAAAUCCGUGCGUGGGUGAAGUUUGCUGUUCUUUUUUAAAACACACAGUCAAAAGAGAGAGGUCUUUUAAAAAAUGGUUUUGUGUGUGCAUCUGGUUGUGUUCAUCCGUCAUGUGGUGCAAUGAAUCCUAGUGUCGGAGAAAUGCUGUGCACGCCACGAGGUCUUUUCUCUUUUUUUUCUUUUCGAAGAGGCAAACACGUGUGAUGGUUUUUUAAAGAGAGUUUUAAGUUCUG